CUUUCUCUCUCUACUCUCCUCGAUCGAAUGCUCGCGAAGAAGAUGGUCUCCGCCAACGCAGUUCGCUACGUCGUCGGCAUCAUCGGCAACGUGAUCUCCUUCGGAUUGUUCCUCGCCCCCGUGCCUACGUUCGCGAAGAUAUGGAAGAGGAGAGCGGUGGAGGAGUUCGCGCCCAUCCCCUACCUAGUGGCGCUCCUCAAUUGCAUGCUCUGGGUGUUCUACGGCAUCCCCGUCGUGCACCCCCACAGCAUCCUAGUCACCAUUAAUGGCGUCGGCUUCAUUCUCGAGUCCCUCUACCUCCUCACCUUCUCCGCCUUCUCCCCCAAUCGCCUGCGCUUGAAGGUGCUGAGGAUACUCUCUGUGGAGCUAUUGUUCAUGGGAGGGGUGAUUCUGGGUGCGCAUACCCACGAGAAGAGGUCGCUUAUCGUGGGGGUGCUCUGCAUCAUCUUUGGCACGUGCAUGUACGCCUCCCCCUUGUUCAUCAUGAAACUCGUAUCCCAUACCAAGAGUGUGAAGUUCUCCUUAGUUGACUUCCUCAACGGCAUUUGCUGGACGAUCUAUGCCUUCUUCCGCUCUCUCUCUCUUUCUCUAUACACCACGAGGAGGACUCGAUGCUUGCUUUUGCUUUUUGUAGCAGCAGUUUCCCACUCACUGGAACUUAAGAAGCUACUGAGAAGCACUGAUUCAUCAAUUGAGACGAGUUUUGCAAACACACGUGCUCUUUGGAACCCUCUGAUUGGGCAUGAUGGGAGGUUCAUUGCUUGUUCUGGAAAGAAUCUUUUUGCGUUCGACAGGAACGGGUCGGUUGCAUGGAUUGUUCCUCUCUAUUAUGUGUGCCGAAAAGAUAUAAGCCCGGUACGCGACGAAAGAGGAAACGUAUAUUUGAUAGCUGGAGAAAGGGUUCUGAGAAUAACUCCAUCCAAAAUUGGCACCGCCGAGCCUCCGUUGGAAAUAUUUUACAGCCAUAAUUCAACUAGGUUGGUUUCAGAGGAAAUUAUCGGUCUCGCAAUUAGUGCCAGUUAUGCAUCUUUAUUCAUAACUAUUAGAAAUCGUGGGCUUUUUGCGUUCUUGCUGCGCGGUGAGCUUCUAUGGAGUGCCGGGCCAAUGCUUCAUCGGUUCGGCUAUCGCCAGGGCUGCAAGAAAAACACAUCGGAUUGUUAUUUUAAUUCGGGCCCUGUUGUCGAUCGAUGUGAGGGAACUCUUUAUAUAUCGAACACUAAAGGGCAGCUCUAUUCCUUGUAUAUCCGCAGCCCCCAAUUCAGAUGGAUCCAAGACUUGAGUUCAUUUGAUACUUUGAUGACGAUUACGGCUGGAAAUAACGGCCGUUUGUAUGUCAUUUUCCCCAGAAAAGCUAUGUUGAUGGCGCUUGAUGUUUCCACGGGAAGCAUUUUGUGGCAGCAUCCUGUUGGCCCUUUAAGUGGAGAAAAAAGUUUUCCAAUUGUCGAUUCCAAUGGUUGGAUAUCCAUUGGCUCAUUGGAUGGGAACCUAUACUCAAUCUCGCCAAAUGGUGAUACGAAGAAGUUCCUCGAAGCAACUUCCACUGAUUCGGUAAUUCACGCAAGUCCAGUCGUUGACUGCUCAGGAUUUUCAGUAUACGUCUCUCAGACCGUGAUGGAGGCAAAGUCGAGCCGCACUGUUGAUAAUUAUACUUACAUAUCUGCAAUGAAGCCAUUAAGUGUUUUAUUUACGCUGUUAGCUCCAGCUACCGGAACCAUCUAUUGGACCGGACAGUAUCCUGGUGAAAUGUCAUCCUUGUUGUCAAGGAGCGACCUUCGCUACUUUGUGCUCGACGAAAGAAUCUUUCUUACUGUUCUAUCAGCAGCAAGGAAAGGCAACAAUCUACCAUGCUACACUACAAGACAAAGAAUUGCUUGGACCUGCUCACAAGCGAAACCCAAAAUUGCAACCACCGACAUCGGUGACGACAAAGCAAUAUUGCUAUUCUUGUUCUUCCAACUUGUGAUCGUAAUCAUAUUAGCCGUAAUUGUUCGUUUCUGCUGCAUCUUCUGGCGAAAGAAGAAGCUGCAAGGUGCUGGCCUUCAGAGGUUCCUAGAGAAGAGAAGAUCUCUCCAUAUUAGGCGGAAAACAUUAAACAAGAUCAUCUCGGAGCUAGAACAAAAGGCGGCGGAAGACGCCACAGCGCCCAACGAAGCCUUAGAGCAGUUGGGAGAAAUCGUGAAAGCAAAGGAAGGCGUGGAGAGAAAACUGUCAACUUCCUACAGCCUCGGCAGGGACAGAAUAGGCGCGAAGCAAAGGCCUACUAUACUGCCAUUGUACAACGGCAAGGCGAAGAGCCACUCAUUCCACAGCACGAGGACAGAGAGCGUGACGAUCUUUAACACACUGAGCAAUACCUCGACGUCAGAAGAGGGAGAAAGCAGCAGCAGCAGCAGCAGCAGCAGCAGUUACAAAAGCGAGGGCGGGAAUAGUGAUAGCAGCGAGAGAGACGAGAAUUUGCGAAGAGACGCAGAGACGGAAUCGAAUGUGAAGGGUAAAGUUGCGGAGGCCGUGCCGUCGAGAAGAUCUACCGAGAUUGAGGAAGAAUUGGCGAUCGAUCCGAUGUAUGUCGAGAAGAAGAUUGAGAGCAGUGCUCAUUUGGAACAUGAGGAGCAAUUGAAGCAUGGCUUUGGCGGUGAUAGAAGGAUGUGGUUGAAGAGGAGGAGAACUAUGUCAUCAACUAACUGAAGUGAGAAUUAAUAACUUCCACGGACAUGUGCAGUAACAUAUUCCAGGUUGUAAUGGAUGAUCAUGUUGUAUAUUUAUUCUGUAUGUUAUUGGAUUUUCAUGAAGUAGUUCAUUUGAGCAUGUGACUACAUGAAGAGAAAAGUACAAACGGCUCAAAUUCGAGUUGUUGGACCUGGAAAAUAAACAAGCCGGGCUCGGGCUAGCUCUUCAAAGUCCGGUCCGGCCCGGAUAUAAUAAUGUAUAUUACAUAGUUAUGUAUAUAUAACUAUAUUGCGUCUGUUCGUCCCCGUUUGCAUUUGCGGCACUCAAUCACGUAGAAUGGUUUAUUUGGGAAAGCUUUCCGAGCAUUCUCAAAAAGCCGUGCCAAACAGGACCAUUGUCCAGUAAGUGUACAGUGUACUUUUUUUACUCUUGCACACGAGUAAUGUGGCUUAUAUUUUUGUACAAGUGUAAAACUCAUGUAUUGAAACAAGAAUAAUUUUUUUUUA